UAGGCAUACUGAAGAAGUAGGCCUGCGUCACUUUUCUGGAACCCGCGCCGUCUGCUCUGAAGGCUCUUGUAUGGUGGCGUUAUAAAAAAUAAAAAUAAAAAAAAUGUCUAGUUUACCUGGAACUUCCAAACCACAAGAGUUGGAGGCCAGUGUUAUUGCUGCUGCACAAGGCCUCAUAAACGUGCUAACACAAAACAUUCAGCAGCAUCACACCCCAGCACAGUAGAAUCCAUUGCGGUCACAUGAGCACCAGAGUCGACAGCAAGCAGGUCAAGGGAGGUGUUGCUGAAAUUGAGAGAGAUGGCAGAUUCGCGACCCCAACAGAGGACUGAACCUUUGAUUGUGAGGCAGUUCAUGGAGAGAAUGCUGAGAAGGCUUCAGGAAGUUCUGCGACGUCAGCCUGUGGAUUUGGAUUAUUUACACUUUGUUUUAAGUCAUGAAGUGGGACUUGUACGCUCUUUUGCCAAUGUUGUAGAACUGCCUCAAGAUGUUGAUCGUGCUUUAUCUGACUUAUUAAGACUUCUUCGUUUACAAGAGGAGAGUUAUCCAGCUCAUACCUAUGCUGAGGUUCUGGUUGGUGAUAGGGGACAGCCAAAACUUGUAAUUUCUAAAGAAUGUCUUCAAAACCUAAUCGAUAUGCAGUUGCCCAUCCCCUGUGUAGCUAAGCUCCUGGGUGUCUGCAAAAGGACAGUGUACCGGCGGAUGCGUGAGUAUGGACUAUCAGUUACGGGAUCAUACAGCAAUCUCACAGAUGAGGAGCUGGACAAUCUUGUGCGCUCAGUUAAAUUGAAGAUGCCGCAUAUAGGUUAUAGAAUGAUGAAGGGUGAACUGCAAGCGAUGGGACACCGUGUCAGAUGGGACCAGGUUUCAGCAUCCAUGCACAGGGUGGAUUCUGCAGGGAUCUUGGAGAGAAUGGCACGUUUAGGCUGUGUUGCUAGAAGAACAUAUUCUGUCAAGGGUCCCCACUCACUGUUCCACGUGGACACAAACCACAAACUUAUCAGAUAUGGAAUUGUUAUCUUUGCUGGGAUUGAUGGGUAUUCACGAAAGAUAAUGUACCUGGGUUCUGCAAAUAAUAACAAGGCAUCAACAGCACUUGGUUUCUUCAUGAGCUCAGUUGAAAAGUUUGGCUUUCCAUUAAGAGUUAGAGGAGACCAAGGGGUCGAAAAUGUCGGCAUUGCUCAAUGCAUGUUCACUGUUCAUGGCUGUGGCAGAGCAAGCUACAUGUCGGGAAAAAGUGUGCAUAAUCAAAGGGUGGGAGCUUAUGGCGUGACGUGUGGAUGGCAGUAA